UUUUGUUCUGAUAUGUUUAAUUUGUUGUUUAUAUUAUUUAUACAUACAUCCUCAUUAAAAAUUUAUGAAGCCAAUAGUUUGUAAGCCUGAAAAUUAAGAUCAAUUAUAUGUAAAUCUAUUUUCCCAUUAAAGGUGAGCUAAAUUCCUCUCCCCACAAUGCGGACAUCAUGCAGUAUCUCAGAUUUGCGAAGUGCAAAAUUUCUCCAAAGUUUGACUGUUAGUGAAACAGAUCAAAGAUAUUUAAGUGCAUAUAACAUAAAUAAAAAAUCAGUUUUCGGUGGAAGCUUGUUACAUCUGUCAAAUGUUGCUGAACAAAACAAUAGUAUUGUAGAAGCGCAAGGACGUUCAAGGACACUUCCUUUAAAUUCUGCAAUAGUUUAUGGAUCUUCUAACAUGAUUUGUUCAACUUAUAAGAAGAAUGCUCCAUUAUCUCAAAGUAAGGAUGCUGAUCUGAACUAUACUGAUACUGGACAAAGAUCAAAUAGAUGGUUUGAUGGUUUACUCCGUUGUUUGAAACCUGUUUGGACUGUGUUGGGCAAAUCAUCAGUGCAUGAGUUAAAAGAAGACAACUGGGAAAUACUUUUUGAUGACAUCAAAGAUCUGCAGUUUUUAGGAAGUGGUGCUCAAGGAGCUGUGUUUUGUGGACGUUUAAAUGGAGAGCUUGUUGCUGUGAAGAAAGUACGAGAAAAAUCUGAGACAGAUGUUAAACAUCUUAAAAAACUAUCCCAUUGCAAUGUAGUUACUUUCAAGGGCGUUUGUGUGCAACCACCUUGUUUCUGUAUAAUAAUGGAGUAUUGCCCAUCUGGAACAUUGCAUAAUUUACUCCGCCAGGGGACAGAGAUUCCACCUAAGAAAGUUAUGGAAUGGUCAAAACAAGUUGCAGGUGGAAUGAAUUAUCUACAUACCCAUAAAAUUAUCCACCGAGACUUGAAAUCAGAAAACAUUUUGAUUGGAUACAAUGAUGUCUUAAAAAUUUCCGAUUUUGGAACAAGCAGGCAGUGGAAUGACAAAAGUGUUAAAAUGUCUUUUGCUGGAACAGUAGCUUGGAUGGCCCCUGAAGUCAUUAGAAAUGAAUCUUGUUCAGAAAAAGUUGACAUUUGGUCUUUUGGAGUAGUUUUGUGGGAAUUGCUGACAUGUGAAACUCCAUAUAAAGGGGUGGAUUCUUCAGCUAUAAUUUGGGGUGUAGGAAGUAAUAGUCUUCAUUUGCCUGUUCCAUCCACAUGUCCAGAUGGCUUUAAGUUGUUAUUAAAACAGUGCUGGAGUGGGAAACCAAGAAACCGGCCAUCUUUUAGGCAUAUUAUGAUGCAUUUGGAUAUUGCUGCUGUUGAAAUUUUAAGCACUCCAGAAGAGGAAUAUUUUCAGACUCAGGCUACAUGGAGGAAAGAAAUCGGAUCUUAUAUGCAAAAAAUAAAGAAUGAUGCUUGUUACGGCUUACAUGUGGAAGAAGACCUAAUUAAACGAAGAAAAGAGGAAUUAAAGCAUGCUCAAGACAUAAGGGAACAUUAUGAAAAGAAACUGGAAAGAGCAAAUACUUUGUACAUGGAACUAGCAACUUGCCUCCUUCAAGUCGAACAGCGAGAACAGGAGCUUAUUCAGAGAGAACAAAAUCUAAGGUUUGGAAAUAGCUAUUCAAGGUCUUCAAGAAAAAAUAUACGUCGAUUUUUGAAGAAUCAUAGAUCAAGUAAAAAAAAGAAUCUGAAAAAUGCUACUGCUGAAUUAAGUGUUUCUUCUAAAACUGCUGAAAGCUCUGCAUUUCAUGGUUCUGCUAAAUCUAGAAUUCGAAGAGCAAAAGUUGUUAAAAGUAAUUAUCAAACUGAAAAGUUUGAUUAUUCAGUGCCUUUUGAUGUUGCUGAAAGUUCAUAUCAAAGUUCAGAAUUGGAACUGCCGAGCUUCAUUGACACAGAAACUCAAACUGAGUCAGUUGACAAAGAUGAACUUGUUAUUAGUACUGAUAGACAUGUUAUUGAAGGAAUUGAAAAUUUGCAUCUUUCAGAAAAUACCAAUUCAGCUAAACAUUCAGAUUUGCUUGUUGUGCGUCCUUUGGAACUUAAUGCUUCUGAAUUAUCAUCUCAUUCUUUUUCGGGAAAAGUUGAUAAAAAUAGUGAUAAUUUUUCCGCAGACAAAUUUAAGGCUGAACAUCGAGCCAGUGAUGAACUGAAGAAAUCUGAUUCUGUUGGUAUUUAUGAUUGCUCUGAAAAAUUUGAAAAUACCAUUUCGUUCAGAAGGAAAGCCAUGAAGAGAAAACCGAAAUUUAACCAGCAGUUCUGUAGAAUGGGUUCAUUCAGAGGAAAAAUUCUUCUGAAGAAAUUUGGAAGCAGCUUACAGGAAUUUAGUGGAACUGAAGAAUCAUGUGAAAGUGAUUAUGAUAGAGAUUCACCUGGGAAUUCUAGAUUUAGUUUAGCAAAUAUCAGUGAAAACUCAUUAUCUAGUUCAGAUGAGUAUUCUGAGGAAGAAAACACCAGUGAACAUUCCAGUAGUCAAUAUACAACUGGGGAAUUACUAUCAAGCAUGUCCAAUCCAGAUAUUACGCUCAGUAUGGAUUUUGAUUCUCCUUGUGGUGAAACCAUACUUGUGAAUCAAAAUUCAUUAGAAUCAGAUGUUGCUCAAAAUUUCAAAAUACAGGGGAUGGAUGAAGAAAUUACAAGUGAACAGAUAUUUUAAGUUUUCUACUUCAUCGAAUAAUUUUGUAUUGUAGUUUUUAUCAUCAUAUACAUUUUUUCAUCAAAAUUUAAUGAGCUAUACAUUGCAUUUUAAUACUGUUACGUGCAGUUUUACAUUCCAUGAAAUGUUCUCUAGGAAUAUAUAUUUUAAGAACUAUUUUGAAAAUAUAUCAUUUUCUGAUUUUAGAUGAUGAUUCAAACUUUUUAAUAUUAGUUUUAUAAUUUUUUGUACUUGUCACUUUUAUGACAAAUCUAAUUGUGAUGUAAUCAUCAGAUUUCAUUUGUUUAAGGAAACAAGUUCAUGUAAAUAUUCAUAUGUGGAAUCAAAGUGUGAUUAACAAAUUAAAGCAUUUGCUAUAGUGCUGUGCAUUUCAUUCUGGUAUUUAUACUCUUGAUUUCAUACCUGAACUAUUUUCACUUAGCUA